AAGAGAAAGCAAAUCGAUUCUAUUCUAUCUCUCACCUUAUAUAUAUAACCUCGUCUCUGUUUCCUAUCCCGAUACUCCUCUGGUUCUUUCCGAGAAAGUUUAUCGUUUUCCGGGAAAAAUUGUUUUCAUCAUCAAUCAAACAAAAAAAAAACUCUGUUUUGACAAACUGGGUCUUCUCUUUUCUUUGUCAAGUCUGCACUUUUUUCUCAUCUCUUUCGGGUAUCAUCGCAGAGAACUUAUCGAUCGCAACCUUAACCUUGUUUAUCUCGUUUCGAUCAUAAAAACAUACAAAACAACCCGUGAAAUCAGCGCUCUCCACAUAAAUAUAUAUAUUAAAAAAACGACUUUUCUUUCUUCUCCAAGUUAACUCAGCAAAUUUCGUUUUUUUUCUUGAGAAAAAAAGACAAAAAAAAAAGAAAAACAUUUCUUGUCCGUAAAUUGCGUUGCCCUUAAAUUAAGCUGUCCUAACGUCAAAACUGGAACACUCGCUUGCGUGUCUUCCUCUUAAAUUCCCCACCCAUCUCUUUCUUCUCUCGUUCCUCUCUGUUUCUCUCUGUUUUUCAAAGAAGAAUCAAGAAACCCAAUCUCUCUCUUUCUCUCUCUCUCUCUCUCUAGAGACAAAGGAAUCAUGGUGUUUGGAAACGGGUCAAUGAAAAAAUCGAACCUUGACCGCUUCCUUCAUUGCACAACACCUGUAGUGCCUCCCCAAUCUCUCCCCAAGACGGAGGUUAGGAGUUUGAAUCGGAUUUGGCAUCAAUCAGAGAGAGAAAAGGUUGAGUUUUUCAGAUUGAGUGAUCUGUGGGAUUGUUACGAUGAAUGGAGUGCUUAUGGAGCUGGUGUUCCCAUUCGUCUCACUAACGGCGAAUCUCUUGUUCAAUACUACGUUCCUUAUCUCUCUGCGAUUCAGAUCUUCAUCUCUCGCUCUUCACUGAUCCGGUUAAGGGAUGAGUCUGAGUAUGGGGAGAGCGAGACGAGAGAUUCGUUUAGUGAUUCAUAUAGUGAAGAGAGCGAAAGUGAUAAGCUUUCAAGAAGUGCUGCUUCUGAUGAAGGACUUGAGCAUGACGCUAUUCUACAUCCUAACGAUCGUUUGGGCUAUCUUUAUCUUCAACACUUUGAGAGAUCAGCUCCUUAUGCUCGAGUUCCUCUCAUGGAUAAGAUCAAUGAGUUGGCUCGAAGGUACCCUGGAUUGAUGUCGCUGAGAAGCGUAGAUCUUUCCCCGGCGAGCUGGAUGGCUGUAGCGUGGUACCCUAUUUACCAUAUACCAAUGGGAAGGACCAUCAAAGAUUUGUCUACUUGUUUCCUCACUUAUCACACUCUUUCAUCUUCUUUCCAAGAUAUGGAGCCAGAAGAGAAUGGCGGGGAGAAGGAGAGGGCUCGGAAGGAAGGGGAAGGUGUAACUUUGCUUCCUUUCGGGUUAGCCACUUACAAGAUGCAAGGCAAUGUUUGGCUCUCGGAGGACCAUCAUGGUCAAGAUCAAGAACGAGUUCUGUCGCUUCUAAGUGUUGCUGAUUCUUGGCUAAAACAGCUGAGAGUCCAACACCAUGACUUCAACUACUUUUCAAGAAUGGCUCACCGAUGAUUUACAACUGUAGAUUUGUUUUUAUAUAUCUCAUCUCUUUUUUUUUUGUUUUACAUGUUUCUCUCAAGUGAAAAGGAGAUUACUUUUUUUUUCCUUGGUCGCAAUAACCAUGUUUGAAGCAGCAGUAGCGGUUAAGAGGAGGCUCAAACCGCUCACUGAGCCUUUCCUUUAAAGGGGUUGCUGCGUUUUAAGGUGUAGAAUAGGUUUUGUGUCCUAUCUAUGGGAGAUGUCGUAUAUCAUAUGAAAUGUUGAUAAAGAGUGCUUCUUGUUUCUUGAUAACAUUGGGUCUUGUUCUUGUACUUCAGUAACAUUUUAAUGAAAUAGUAAUAACCAUCUGAUUAUCUUUGUAA